UUCUAGCCAAUCGGACAGGAGGAGUAUACAGCUGCCCGAUCUCAAAUCACAUGCACCAAUGACAGCGUCAUGUGAGCAGUGAAAUUCUUGUGACCUGGCAGGUCAUACAUCCUGGGUUAGAAACUAGAUGGAACAAGGACAAUACAGGGACUGAUUCAUUCCAGAGGACUUAGAUCUACUAGAUAUUUGGAAAUACCCACUGCUGGACCUGGAUUUAGUGGACCUGAUCUGGGCUAAGGAUUACGACCCUGUUGAUCAGAACUAUCCUGUUCUGAUUCAGACAUGGUUUUGUUGAAAAAUAUAACUGGGGCAGUGAUUCUGCUGUGUGUUCUGCUGCUGGGACUGUUGUACAGCUCAGCCUGGAAUUCCAGCAGAGUUAUAAAUCCCGUAAAACAGAGUCAGAUUUUACCUAAAAGAAGGCAACCGCCGGUGUCGCCUGUGCCAGGAGACGCCCCUGGUCGUACUGACGUGCAGACGAUGACGUCCUGGUCGGUUCCAGUGGUUUGGGAGGGAACCUUCGACCCGGUUCUCCUCGACAGCCACUACCAGCCGAAGAACCUCACCAUCGCAGCCACUGUGUUCGCCAUGGGAAAGUACAUUAGGUUCCUGAAAAAGUUUCUGGAGACCAUGGAGCAGCACUUCUUCACUGGUUUCAAUGUGCAUGUGUUCGUCUACACUGACCGGCCAAACGAGGUGCCCCAAGUCAAAAUGGCCAGCGGAAGACAGCGGACGGUGAAAACAGUGCCCACCCUUAACCGUUGGCAGGAAAUCACUUCUAGCAGGAUGUUUCUGGUCCAGGCCCUAAUAGAGGAGGAGCUUCGUGACUACGCCGACUUCAUCUUCUGUAUGGAUGUGGACUCCGAAUUCCACGGCCAUUGGGGCACGGAGUCAUUGGGAGAUCUGGUCGGUGUGCUCCAUCCAGAUUUCUACAAAUCCCACCGCAGUACAUUCACAUAUGAGCGGCGGCCAAUCUCCAAAGCCUACAUGGCUCCUGAGGAAGGGGACUUCUACUACGCUAUGGGGGUAUUCGGAGGCAACCUGCAGGAAGUACAACAACUUUGCCAAACCUGCGCCAUCAACUUUUUGAAUGAUAGUACAAAAGGCAUCGAGGCAGCCUGGCAGGAGGAGAGUCAUCUUAACAGACUGUUGUACAGCUCAGCCUGGAAUUCCAGCGGAGUUAUAGAUCCCGUUAAACAGAGUCAGAUUUUACCUAAAAGAAGGCAACCGCCGGUGUCGCCUAUGCCAGGAGACGCCCCUGGUCGUACUGACGUGCAGACGAUGACGUCCUGGUCGGUUCCAGUGGUUUGGGAGGGAACCUUCGACCCGGUUCUCCUCGACAGCCUCUACCAGCCGAAGAACCUCACCAUCGCAGCCACUGUGUUCGCCAUGGGAAAGUACAUUAAGUUCCUGAAAAAGUUUCUGGAGACCAUGGAGCAGCACUUCUUCACUGGUUUCAAUGUGCAUGUGUUCGUCUACACUGACCGGCCAAAUGAGGUGCCCCAAGUCAAAAUGGCCAGCGGAAGACAGCGGACGGUGAAAACAGUGCCCACCCUUAACCGUUGGCAGGAAAUCACUUCUAGCAGGAUGUUUUGGGUCCAGGCCCUAAUAGAGGAGGAGCUUCUUGACUACGCCGACUUCAUCUUCUGUAUGGAUGUGGACUCCGAAUUCCACGGCCAUUGGGGCACGGAGUCAUUGGGAGAUCUGGUCGGUGUGCUCCAUCCAGAUUUCUACAAAUCCCACCGCAGCACAUUCACCUAUGAGCGGCGACCAAUCUCCAAAGCCUACAUGGCUCCUGAGGAUGGGGAUUACUACUACGCUAUGGGGGUAUUCGGAGGCAACCCGAAGGAAGUACAACGGCUUUGCCAAACCUGCGCCAUCAACUUUUGGGAUGAUCGUAUAAAAGGCAUCGAGGCAGCCUGGCAGGAGGAGAGUCAUCUUAACAGGUAUUUGUGGAUCAAUAAGCCCAGUAAGGUUCUUUCACCUGAGUACCAGUGGCAAGACUUUAGACCCGACUCCCCUGAAGUUCACAUCAUCAGGUUCUCUGGAAUUGUGAAGUACUACGCAGAGAUCCGACCGAAUUGGGUCUGAGAGAACCAGACUGCACCAUACGGACUGUGAAAGUCAGCUUUGUAGUCCUGCCUCAUUUUCUGUAUAGUGUAGAAAAGCACUUAAAGUAAAAAUUAGUAGAUAUGGGGGGUUCAGGGGGGGAUAGGGUCCUGGUCUAGACCCGGCCUGGUUUGGCCUCUGCUGAUUUUGUUUGGGUUUUCACCUGUCAGUUUGAAUAAAGUUGAUGACACUUCUCCACUUCCUUGAGCGAGAUUUUCGAGAUACAAAUGCUGCCAUCUUCUGGUGAUGAUGUCAUUUGCAGUCAGAGUCAGUUCAGUAGUGAUCAUGGUGUCAAGGUCCCGCCCAUACACACUCUUAACCAAUCCUGAGUCAGUGUCUGCUGUCAAUCACGACGUCUGAUCCAUUUCUUUAUCAUAUAAUAACUAAUUCAAAUCAAAAUGAUAAAAAUCAUUUGAACAGAGAUCAUCAGUUUCUGAAAAUGAGAGAAAGAGCAUGUUCCACAAAGACAGGAAGCUGUGUGUGUGUGUUCAGACCUUAUAUACAAGUAAAAUACUCUGACUAAGUUUGU